AUGUUUGUUCCUCUUCUAGCGUUCUUUCAACUAGCGCUUUGUGUUGUGGCGCGUAUCUCUGGUGACGUUUAUUCUACGGACCCUAAUGUUUACGAACUUACGCCAGCGAACUUCGAUAAGGUGGUUUAUCGUUCCAACUACACUUCGAUCGUGAAGUUUUAUGCGCCUUGGUGUGGCUACUGCCAAAGACUUGAGCCCGUGUGGCGCAAAAUGGCACGUUUUCUCCAUCAAGACGGAAAAUACGCUGUCAACGUGGCUAGUGUUAACUGUGAUAGCGAUCGCAAUAAGGCGCUUUGUUCCAAGCACAGAAUCCAGGGAUUUCCUACUGUGAUUGUGUUCCGCCCACCAAAAUGGAAAUCUGGAGCAACGAAAAACUCUGCCAGUCAUGUGCCAGAGGUCUAUAACGGUGAAAGGGCAUUAGGACCGAUGAUAGAAUUUGUAUCAUCGCGGAUCAAGAACUAUGUCAAGAAAUUCCAUCGUUUUGAUGGCGACUCCUUGAGCGAAUGGUUGAGUGAUACCCUGAGCCCAAGAGUAUUCCUCAUGUCGUCUUCACCAAGCAUUACACCUCUUUACAAAACCAUGGCCAUCGACUUUUUGGGUUCAGCUUCUUUGGGUAUGAUUACACUAAAGGAAACUCCCUCAGAGGCACAUGUGGAUGUCGAUGGCGUGAAGGUAACUUUUCCAUUGAAGCCUGAGGACAAGUUGCCGCUCUUAUUUUUGUAUAAACCCGAAGAACACCGUUUUAUUCGGUACAAAGGUAAAAACUUGAAAAACAAACAAAAAAUUGAACAGUGGUUGAUAGAUGAGACUGGAACUGCGCCCGGAGAGGGCGUUUUGUCGAAAAAGGACAAAAAAUACUACUCGAAGUAUCGUGGCCAUGCAAAGGAUGAGUUGUGA